GUGCUGGUGGAGCGGGUGGCCGCCGGCGCCCUGGUGGUCACCUGGAGCGGCGGCGAGCGCCGCUUCACCGGGAUCCUGCUAGACUGCACGCACAGGUCCGGCCUCUUGGGCCUGCCCCCGCCAGCUCUGCUGCCCAAGGCUCAGGAACCCCCUGCCAGCAGCUGCCAUGGCCAGACCCCCGAGCAGGUGGACAGAGAGGCAACACAGCCGGAGAUGGACUCCCCACCUCCCUGUAGUGGGGACAGGCCCCCCGAGCCAGCAGUGCCACUGCCGCCCGCCGGAAGCCUGCCCCCUUACCCGCCCUACUUUGAAGGCGCCCCCUUCCCACACCCCCUCUGGCUGCGACACACAUACGGCCAGUGGGUGCCGCAGCCCCCGCCCAGGCCCGUCAAGCGGACACGGAGGCGCCUCUCCCGGAACCGUGCCCCCGGCCGGCUCAUCCUGAGCACCAUCCGCCUGCGGCCCCGCCGCGUCCUGUGUGAGAAGUGUCAGAGCACGUUGAGCCCCGAGCAAGCCGGCUCUGCGCGGCCAGCCCCUGCCUCGGCGCCACGCAGGAGGCUGGCCAGCGGCCCUGACCGUGAGCCACGGCGACACGAGGGCCUGGAGCCCGCCAGCCCUGCCUCAGUCCCCGUGAGGAGGAGCAGGAGGGAGGAGGAGAGGGCACCGGGGGAGCCAGUCCCGAGGAGCCCGGUCAUCACCAUCUCCUACAGCACACCCCAGGGCACUGGCGAGGUGGUGAAGAUCCCCUCCCGCGUGCACGGCUCCCUGGAGCCCUUCUGCCCCCAGCAGGUGCCACUCGGGAACAGUCAAGGCUCAGAGGCACCAGGUACUGAGCCCAGGGCUAGCGGGGGCAGGCUGCCCGCUGCUCCCACAGCCUCCAUCCCCAAGCUGAAGCUGACACGGCCGGCGCCCCCAGGCCUGGACGCACCCCCUCCCAAGAUCCGCCUGAAGCCACACCGCCCGGGAGCCCGGGAGCAGGAGCCUGUGUACAGGGCUGAGCUGGUGGAGGCGCUGAACGGCCACCCAGCCAGCCCCCCUGCUCUCUUUGCCAACGGCUCUGCCUGCGACGGGCUGGUGGAUGUGUCUUCCGGAAGUUCUGGUGAAGAGGAUAACUACAAACGAUGUCCCCGCGGCAAACCUGGGCGGGGCGACCUGGCCUUUCUUGUCAACUACCCAACAAGGAAGCCCGACUCCGUGAGUGAGUCCGUGUGCAGCAGCGACAGCCUCGAGGAGUCCAAGUCGUCCAGCUCAGAGGUCACGUCCGCAGACCCGUGUGACCUGUCACCUGGUGACGGCGCACCGGUGCCUUCGUCCUCCAAGGAUGUGCGCCCCACCGUGCCCCCGCUCACGGUGAGGCUGCACACGCAGAGCGUGUCUAAGUGUGUGACUGAGGACGGCAGGACCGUGGCCGUGGGGGACGUCGUGUGGGGUAAGGUGCACGGCUUCCCCUGGUGGCCGGCCCGUGUGCUCGGCAUCAGCCUUAGCCAGAAGGACCAUGAGGAGCCUUCUUGGCAAGAAGCGAAGGUCUCGUGGUUUGGGUCUCCGACUACGUCCUUCUUGUCUCUCUCAAAACUGGCCCCUUUCUCUGAAUAUUUCAAACUGAGAUUUAACCGUAAGAAGAAGGGGAUGUAUCGGAAAGCUAUAACCGAGGCUGCAAACGCCGCACGACACGUCGCCCCAGAGAUCAGGGAGCUCUUAACUCAGUUUGAGACAUGA